AGGAAUGCGAGUGGGAAGCAGCCGGGCAAGUAGCGACAGCUCCUGGGGCGCGCGGUGCCGGGAUCCCACACACUGCGCAGGGCUGGGAGCAGAGCCCCGACAGCAGCACUGGGGCCGGCAAUGGGGCUCCCCCCUGCGCACCCCCUCUGAGUGCCCCGGGGGCACCCGUGGGGUCCUGGGACGCUCGGCUCGGUGGGUGAUGCUCCGGUGCUGAGGGAGCUGGGAGCCGCUAUGACCCCCGAGAAGGUGCUGAGGGAGGGGGUGCUGGAGAAGCGCAGCGGGGGGCUGCUGCAGCUGUGGAAGAAGAAGCGCUGCCUGCUGACGGAGAAGGGGCUGCAGCUCUUCGAGCCCAAGGGCUUGCGGCGCAAGGAGCUGAGCUUCGCCCGCAUGAAGGCAGUGGAGUGCGUGGAGUGGAAGGAGCGGCACAUCUACUUCACCGUGGUGAUGGACGACAGCCACGAGAUCGACUUCCGCUGCGCGCAGGAGGAUCCCGGCUGGAAUGCCGCGAUCACCAUGGGCCUCGUCCGCUUCAAGAACCAGCAGGCGAUCCAGGUCGUCCGUGCCCGGCACAGCUGCCGAGCAGUGGUGCAGUUUGACGCAGCCCCGGUGGGACAGCCCGUGGACAUGCAGCAUCCCAAGAGCAGGAUGGAGAUGGCCCUUGGCUCAGCGGGCAGCGGGGACAAUGGGAUCCGUACGGGCAAGUGAGGCCAUUGCUGUCUGCUGCCAGGGGAUGGGGAUGGUGGCCCUGGGGACACCAGUGUGGGUGCCAAAUCCCCUUGGCCUGGGGCAGGACAGCAGCGUCCUGGGAGCUGGGCUGGUGCAGCUGCAGGCAUCCAGUCACAUCCCCUUGGCAUGACGGGGCAAAGGACACAGUCAAUGCCACCAUCGUGGGCUCCGGAUGUGGCAGGAGGUGACAUCCCUGCCUGGGGGCCCUCCAGCCCUCAGCUGACAUGGCCAGGACCUUGGUGAACUGAUGGGGACCCCUGGGCCUCUCCUGCAGGACAGGGGAGGGAUGAGGUUGAGCCCGAUGGUAGCAGGGUGAUGGUGAGCUCUGCCUAAAUGCCAGUGACACUGGGACAGAUGGACAUGGCCAGGGACACGGAUCCCCCUUAGCCCCCAUGUUGAGAAGGGGCUGCAGAGCUGCUGUUGCAGCAGGGACCCCUCUGGGCACUGUACCUGAUGGCACGGUGAUGGGACCAUGCUGCUGGACACUGAGCUGUCCUCAAGCUGGUGGGGGACACUGGGGAAAGCAAUGGAGACCCUGAUUCCCUGUACCAAAAAUGUCCCCAAACAGGACCUUCUGCUGCUUA